CAAAUAACAAGAUUGAUUCUAACCUAAUUCUUCGGUUUCUAUGUCGUCAUCAUAUGGCCAUAAAAGAUUUAAGAUUGGGAAUCGAAACGAAUUGUGAUGUUUAUGUAACUUUAUGGAGUGGUUUUGUCGAGAAUUCGUAAAAUUCGAGGGCUCUGUGCAAUUGCCUCACAACCGGCUCUGGGUUUCUUAAUGUGCUUGUGAUAUAAGAUUUUUUGAUAUGAUGGAUUUGGCUUUAUGUUAAGUAAAAGUGUGUUUUGAUUCUCCAAUCAAAUCCUUAGAAAUGGCUACAUCAAGGUUCCAAGCAUUCUUGAACAGUCCCAUUGGCCCAAAAACAACUCAUUUCUGGGGGCCUAUCGCUAAUUGGGGUUUUGUUGCUGCUGGUUUGGUGGAUAUGCAAAAGCCCCCUGAAAUGAUUUCUGGAAACAUGUCGUCAGCUAUGUGCGUUUACUCUGCAUUGUUCAUGAGGUUUGCCUGGAUGGUGCAACCACGUAACUAUUUGCUACUUGCGUGCCAUGCAUCAAACGAGACUGUACAACUCUAUCAGCUCUCACGUUGGGCUAGAGCCCAGGGGUAUUUAUCCUCCAAGAAAGAAGAGGAGAAACCAUCUCAGUAAACCAAAAUGAGGAAAGGUUUCUUCAACGCUGCUUCAGAAUUUGUUCGUGGGAAUUACUGAAUCCAUCCAUUUGAUUUUCUUUCGAAACGUGUUUUGUAUUGUGUCCCCAAGCUAUGGUUGCUUUACUUGUUGGAUCAUUCACUAACAUUAUAUCCUUUGUUUUCAUAAGUAACCGCUUGUAAUAAAAUUUGGGACCAGUCGUCAUUCCACAUUCGUGUUCACACAAAAAAGGGGUUCAAACAUGAAAAUCUGUCCCAACUCCUGCAAUCCUUUACCAUAUUGCAAUACUUGUCCUCGUCCACCUGCUUUGUAAUUUCCAUAGUAGUAUCAUCUAACGAGUUCAACA